AUGUGUUCUUCAAAAAGUAACUUUUCUUCAUCGAGUACAAUGGUCCAAUGGAAUCCUGAUCCUACCUGAUUGCCCAAAGACUCUCAUAAACUAAACGAAACGAUAAUUAAUCACCUCAUUGUACACCACUUCCACUCUCUCUCUCUCUCUCUCUAGCUCCUGUUCUGUGCAUCAAUGGACGCCCAAGACCAGAGUCACCAGACCCAGAUGUUUACACCCCUACUGCAUAAUGUGAAGCAUGAACCAGUAGAAGAACACAGUAUGGAUGUUGAAGACCAACUCACACUCUCCCAGCUUUUGCUCUUUGGAAAAAACCUAACCGAUUUUCCCCCCAAGAUAGUUUCUGAUAAUCCUUGCAGUGGGGAAAGUCAUAAAAGCGGGAGAGAAAUGGUCGACAACGUCUCUGAUCAUUUCGAUGAUCAUUUCGAAGCUGAGUCUCAAGUUAUGGCGAGAGCAGCUGAGGUUCAAGAUAGUUUGGCUCCAGAAUUUCCUAGCUUCACGAAGUUCAUGACGCGCUCCCAUGUUACCAAAGGAUUUUGGCUGGGUCUUCCUUCGGAAUUUUGUAAGUCACACUUGCCGAGGCUUGACGCAAUAGUGAUUUUGGAGGAUGAAAGUGGGGAAGAAUACAAUACCAAGUACCUUGUGGAUAAAAAAGGACUUAGUGCUGGAUGGAAAUGGUUCUCCAUUUCCCAUAAAUUGCUAGAAGGUGAUGCCGUAGUUUUCCAUCUUGUCAGCAGACUCGGUCUUGUCAAAUUCAAGGUGUACAUAGUGAGAGCAAAGGAUCUUGAGGUAGCCGAUGCCCUCAGCCUUCCUAAUUCUGUUGCUUGUGCAAAAGAAACAGGUUUUGGAGCUUAUGUGGAGAAGAACAGCGAAAUAUGUGACAAGGAAGAGAAAAAGCGUCCGAGGCUUGAACUAGAUGAUGAAUCCCAUCCUGAUUGGAAUAUUCACUCCUCAGACACAUCAAACACAACAGAAGGUUCCAAGUUUUCCGGAGCUAAUUCAGAUAUCAAGGACUUCAACAUUGAGGUGAAUGGCAUAACUAUCGACUCGCUCUCCACACAUGUUCGGACUAAGUACUAUGAUCUCUGCUGCAACCAGAAAUCAAUCAUCCAUGAGGGCCUUUUCAAUGCUAAUGUGGCAGCUGGAAUCAUUUCGGAGACCGUUAAUAUUGCUGAUGCAAUUAGAGCUUCCCAGAUUUAUUACUCCCUGGAUGACUUUGCGAUUUGGGACAAGACUUUGGAAGCCUUUGGGCUGUUGGGAAUGGAUGUUGGGUUUUUACGCGAUCGGUUGAGCCGACUCAUGAGUCUCUCGUCAAAAUCAAGAGAGGGAUUAAAGAGGUAUGCAGAAACAAGAAUUGAGCGGGAGGGUGUGCAAAAGGAGAUGACAAGUCUUGAACUAAAGCUUUUGGGAAUGAAACAAGAUAGGAGAAGGCUGGAUGAUGAGAUGGAGGAUUUGGAGGAGGAAGCCCAGAAGUACGAGUGUUUGUUCCAGAAAGAGGCAACUGCCCCAUGGUGAUGACUGAUGGGAAACGAGUAUAUUGUACAAGGGUAAGCUUUUUUUACAUGGGCUAGCUACUACCCUUCUAUUAAAUUAUAUGACCUUGGAGUAGUUUUACUGUUUAAGGAGGAAGUUGUAGAGUUUUUUAAGUUAUUUAGUAUAGCAACAUAUCUAAGAAGAAGGUGAGAGAAUGAUGCGAAAUUGUAUAUCACCAUCAUCAGAUACAGACUAAACUCGUUUAUGGAAUAUUGGCUCUGUAAAUAA